AUGAGGUAUAAUUCAGGUGAAUGCAUUUCACUUUGUGACGAAGAGAAACUAAUUUCGUUUUUGGCUAACGUUCAAGUUUCCAGCCCUGAAAGUAUAUUGACUUUAUCUAUUGAAGAAUUAGAAACAGACAUAUGCAGUAAAUUGGAAAAAGACAUGAAAACUGUUGGAAAAAAUUAUGAAGAAUGUCAGACAGCAAAUCCACAAAGUUUAUACGUUGAACUAAUAACUGGAUUGCAAGCCUUAAACGAUAAAUUAUGCUGCUUCGAAACUGGAUUUUAUAGGCAAUAUCAAGUUUAUCAUCCCUGUUUGUAUGAACUAAAACGAGAUUUUGAUAGUUGCAACGGUCCAGCCGAUUGGGUAGAAGAAGCAGAUGCUGCACAAUUAUGCAAGAUAUCAAAAACAAUAGUAGAUUGUUACUAUAUAAAAACGGCCAAGGUUUGUGGAGAACCUGCUGCAUUGGCUAUCGGAGAUUUAGCCACACACCUCAUUCAAAGUACGAUCGGUCAUUCUUGCAAAGAUAUUGACAAAUUCCCUGUUGUGAAAGAUGCCAUGCCAGCAAGUUAUAUAGAAAGGAGAAAUUAUUCGCUGAUAAAUAAACAGCAGGAAAUGCAAGAAGAUGAAACAGAAGAAAAUCUAGACGUGGAAAAUGAUGUAGAACCAUCUCAUGAUGAAGCACUUCAGGCCUCAAAUGGUUUGAUAAACAAACAGAGAGUGAUACUGUGA